AACCCCACUCAAACCCAAAUCCUACCUUUGAAAAUGUUCUUAUGAUAAAUUUUACAUACUUAAUACACUUAUUGAAACAUAUCCGUUAAAUCAUGAAAGUUUGUUAAGUAAAUACAACGUGCCUUUAAUGAAUGUGUUUAGACGGGUCUUAAAAAAUCAGGAAAAAAUUCAUUUAUUAUGGAUAGGAAAAUGAUAUAUGCCUUCCGAGGCUGGAUAGCCUUCGUUGCAUUUAUGGAUCUCGGCACAGCUGUGCGGAGCUACAUCGAAAAACGAUCUUUCCUAAGCAAAACCUUCUCAGAGACAGAUUUUGUUGAUGAGGAAUACACUACCUCGAGGAUUUUGGGGGUUUAUUCAAUUCUAAAAGCUCUAGCUUUAAUUCAUUGUACGCUCUACAUACAUUACAAACCGGUUGUCAGUAUGGGGAUCUUUUCGCUCCUCGUGACAAUCGUAAUGUAUCUCACAGAAACGCUGUAUUUUCGUGCAGCGACGCUGAAUUUUUACGUCGUUUUCCCGUGUGUCUUAAAUUGUGUCACACUUGGGGGACUAAUCUAUUUGCCAAAAAGAUUGAGAAUUUGGGAUCCUUCCCUUGAUUGUGAUGACGAAAAUGUCCAGUUGCUUAAGCAAGCAGGAGCCAUGAAGAGGCGGCGCCACGUUCGCAAAAACAACUAAUUUUUUCUCAAAUAUAAUGCCAAAGAUGAGCUAGUCAUUUUAUACAGUUUUUUAUUUAUUUUUGUAGAUAUUGUAAAGGGUAGGAUUUUUAACUUGUUGACGCUUUUGCAUUUCACAUAGGGCUGUUCAGGUUGAAUAAAGCAGUUUUAAGCGAA